AUGAAGCUUUUCUUCGCGGCUUUGGCCGCAGCGCUUGUUGCAUCUGUUCAUGGUGCCACUCUGCCUCAGAAGAUGCAGCCUGAUUCCGGGCCUACAAUGGAUGAGCCCAACAUUGCAGGCUUAAAGGUGCGAAAAGGUCCUCAGGUUACAGAUGCCACUGGUGCUCAGCUCAAGGGUGCCCUAACCCUACAGCUCGGCACAAAGGAAAAGGCAAAGUGUAUCUACGACAUGAACACUUUUGUCGAGUCCAACCUCAAUUACGGCAGCGAUGGUGGCCUUUACGCCGAGAUGAUCCGCAAUCGCGCCUUCCAGUCUCCCGCCGACGGUGUGUUUGGCGUUGGCGCCAACGACACGAUUGGCAGUGGUUCCUUGACUGCCUGGCAGCCUGUGGGUGACUCGAAGCUCGAUCUCGACGGUGACAAGCCGCUAUCCGCAGCGCUUCCCAAGUCGGCCAAGAUCACCUGCGACAGCAAGAAGGGAGACCUUUGCGGUAUCAAGAACCUUGGCUUUUUCGGCCUCCCUGUCCAAGCCGGGGAGACCUACAACGCUAGCUUCUACAUCCGUGCCGAAAAACCUGGCAAGAUGCGUCUCAAGUACGGUCUGUACAGCGUCGAUCUGACGGAGACUUGGGCUCAGCAGGAUUCAUUCGUCGAGAUUGGCACGCAAUGGACACCCGUUCAUCAGGUGCUCAAGCCAAUCAAGGGUGCCCCUGACAUCAACAACGUUUUCGCCAUUCAGACUAACUGCGAGAUCGGUACUUUCCACGUCAACCUCGUCAGUCUCUUCCCCACCACCUUCGAGGGCACCGUUGCUAGAAAGGAUGUGGCUCAAAAGAUGCUCAAGUUCAAGCCCAAGGCGGUCCGCUGGCCGGGUGGAAACGACCUGGUCGGUCACACCAUCGCUUCGCGCUUCCAGUGGAACAACACCAUCGGUCCUCUGGUCGACCGACCUGGACGUCUUGGCAACUGGGCCGGCUGGAACACUGAUGGCCUUGGUGUCAUCGAGAUGUACAACUUUAUUCAGAAGAUCGGUGCGCGUCUCAUCGUUGGUCUCUGGGCUGGCGUCGACGCCAACGGCAACUCAGUGCCUCUCAAAGACCUUGGCCCUUACAUCCAGCAGCAAGUUGAUUUUGUCCACUUCCUCCUCGACACUGAGGGCAAGUUCGCCGAUCUUCGAGUCAAGAGCGGAGGUCCCAAGGAGCCUUAUGACGUUCAGGCCUUCCUCAUUGGCAAUGAAGGUGGACUCAACCCUGCCGUCAAGUACCAGACGCGUUUCGACAUGAUCACCAACCAGCUCAAGAAGGAGUUUGCCAACCACAAGGGCUUUGACGAGAUUGAUCUGAUCGCUUCUGCGGCUGUUGUCGUGCCCACCGGCUACAAGUACCGUGUCGACCUGCUCAACCAGCCCAUCUACGGUACACCUGCCGACUUUGUUCAGAGGUACCACAUGUAUGACACUGCUUCGCGUACCAACAACACCAUCUUCUACAACAUGGAGUUUGCCGUCAUCAACUCGGGCAUGGAGGCCGACGACAACAUCUGGUUCGGUCCCGGCCGACUCCACCACAGUAUCUUGCAGGGAUCUCUGGCCGAGUCCAUCUUUAUCUUGGGCAUGGAGAACAACUGUGACAUUGUUCGUGGCGCCGCUUAUGCUCCUGAGCUUUCCAACGAGUCGGACAACCGUGCUUCUCAGUCGACCCCAGGCAUGCUCGAGUUCGACACUACCAAGGUCGUCGGUUCCACCUCGUGGUUGAUGCAGAGUCUGAUCAGUGCUAACCGCAUUAGCCAGAGCCUGCCCGUCACCAACAGCAAGCAGCUCCAAGAUGCCGACAUCUACGUCUCUGCCGGUGCCGAUGAGCAGGGUCAGAUCGUGAUCAAAAUUGUCAACUACAGUGAAAAGAGGGUGCCCUUCAACAUCAACACUGGUGUUCAGGUUGCUUCUCCUAGCUGUUGGCAGGUGGCCGGUCAGGGUCCCUUGGACUCGAACACCCUCGAGAAGCAGCCUAUCAAGACACAAGGCUGCGAUGCCAACGCUUCGGGCUCUUACGUGUCGGUCGACCUGCAGAAGUGGUCGUUGACUGUCAUCAAGACUCCUGCGUCCAAGGUUGCUUGA